AUUGUGACUUGCUUGAUCGGCAAGUCGAGAGAUCAUUCCUUUCCUUUCCAUCGAAAUCAGUAACUCGUUGUGUUGGCGACUGAGAUACCGAUGUCGAGCGAGGCCGAAGACGCCGUCCUCCGCCGCCGCACCGCAGUGACUGAGUACCGGAAAAAGCUUCUCCAGCACAAGGAGCUCGAAUCCAGAGUCCGUGGAGUAAGAGAAAACUUGCGGGCUACGAAAAAGGAGUAUGCUAAAACCGAAGAUGACUUGAAGUCCCUUCAGAGUGUUGGACAGAUCAUUGGCGAAGUUCUUAGGCCUCUUGACAAUGAACGGCUGAUAGUUAAAGCAAGUAGUGGACCAAGAUAUGUGGUUGGCUGCCGCAGUAAAGUGGACAAGGAAAAAUUAACUUCAGGCACUAGAGUGGUUCUUGAUAUGACUACUCUUACAAUUAUGCGAGCUCUUCCCCGUGAAGUUGAUCCAGUUGUAUACAAUAUGCUUCAUGAAGAUCCUGGAAAUGUUAGCUACUCUGCAGUUGGUGGGCUGUCUGAUCAGAUCCGAGAACUAAGGGAAUCUAUAGAAUUGCCUCUAAUGAAUCCUGAGCUCUUCAUAAGAGUUGGCAUCAAACCUCCCAAGGGUGUUCUUCUCUAUGGACCUCCUGGAACUGGCAAGACGUUAUUAGCUAGAGCAAUUGCCAGCAACAUAGAUGCCAACUUCCUAAAGGUUGUAUCAAGUGCCAUAAUCGAUAAGUACAUAGGAGAGAGUGCAAGAUUGAUCAGGGAAAUGUUUGGUUAUGCUCGUGAUCACCAGCCCUGCAUCAUUUUUAUGGAUGAAAUUGAUGCCAUUGGUGGACGCCGCUUCAGUGAGGGAACAAGUGCUGAUCGAGAAAUUCAAAGAACACUCAUGGAGUUGCUUAACCAGCUGGAUGGAUUUGACCAGCUUGGAAAGGUGAAAAUGAUAAUGGCAACAAACAGGCCUGAUGUUCUGGACCCUGCACUUCUUCGCCCGGGGCGGCUUGAUAGGAAAAUUGAGAUUCCAUUGCCUAAUGAACAGUCAAGAAUGGAAAUCCUCAAAAUCCAUGCUGCUGGAAUUGCCAAGCACGGUGAAAUUGAUUAUGAGGCAGUUGUGAAGCUUGCCGAGGGAUUUAAUGGGGCUGAUCUUCGUAAUGUGUGCACUGAGGCUGGUAUGUCUGCAAUCCGUGCAGAGCGUGAUUAUGUCAUUCAUGAAGAUUUCAUGAAGGCGGUCCGAAAACUGAAUGAAGCAAAGAAACUCGAAUCAAGUGCUCAUUACAAUACUGAUUUUGGCAAGGAUUAAAACCUGAUUGGUUUAAACUAUUAAAUUGUGUGGGGCUUGCAAUGCAAUAUAUACUCUCAAUCAGGAAAUGAGCCAUGCAAUAUAUACUCUCAAUCAGGAAAUGAGCCCCUCCGAGAUAGGGAGGUUGAAGAGUCUCAGAGGAAAAUCAGAUUACUUUUGUGCUUGAGUUUCUGUUCAAUACCCGUAUUUGUUCUUACUGAAUAACCAGUGCCUGUUGGACUUAAUAUCCUCGUCUUUUUUAUUUAUUUAUUUUCGUUUUUAUUAUUUUUUUCUCCCAAUAUGAAAAACUUAAUAUGCUUGUUACUCGUAUUAUGCGUC